ACUGUCCUCUUCGAGAGCACACGGUUUAGCACGGGUGGUUGGCGUGUUAGCUUUGUAAAGCUCGACGCGGAUCGUAUUUAGCCUGGGUUACCUCUGUCCAUCUUGAAGCGAAAUUGAAGCGGCGUCUCAGACUUGCUAUUGGAAUUCGAUCAACAACGGUACGACGCUCGCUCGUGACGAAUAAAAGCGUUACGAACGAGUGAAACGAAUGAUUCUUCCCGACACCCUCCACGGAGUGCCAUUCGUGCGAAAACUCAACGACGAGCACUGGUCGCCACACGAACGACAGCCCGAUCCUCGUCGACUGAUUUGACUGAUUUUUGUGAUCCAGUCACCGAAAACUUCCAUCAUUCCGCCAAUAACCGUGUGCCGACCCGCAGGGUGGCGAUCGUCCGAUAAGGGUUCCGUCUGCGAUAGACUGGUUGGCCAGUCUACUGGUGGGUGCGUGAAUAACUGCGACAACUGGAAGUUGGCCCUGAACGCAGAGCCCCCGUGGCUUUGCUAGCACCCCCACAGUGAUCUCGUCUUAAUCAGCUUCCUCACGACUCACCUAACUAGCAUUGACAGCUGCCUCUUUGCUGCCUAGCACCUACAGAGUACCAAUUAAAUUAUUAAAUUCAAUCAAUAUGAAGGUAACUAAUUUAGAUGAACGUAUCCAUGUGUUGGACAAUGAGGCCAACGUUAUGACUGUUGUCAAAGACAUUGCGAUAAGUGGUUUGCAAGAAGAGGCUUUUUACGUUUUGGACAUAGGAGAUAUUGUACGAAAGCAUCAAAUCUGGAAGGAAAAAUUGCCGCGAGUUGAGCCAUAUUAUGCUGUAAAAUGUAAUGACAAUCUGAUGGUAAUUGAAGUACUAGCAGCUCUUGGUACUAGUUUUGAUUGUGCAUCUAAGAAUGAAAUAAACAAAGUGCUAAGCGUCGGUGUAGACUCUUCAAAAAUUAUUUUUGCCAAUCCGGCUAAACCAGCUUCUCAUAUUCGUCACGCAGCCGCAGUAGGAGUGGAUACCAUGACAGUAGACAAUGAAAGUGAAUUGCAUAAAAUCAAGAAACUUUUCCCAACCGCCAAGAUUGUUAUACGAAUUCGUUGCGAUGCAGAAGUAGCCAUGUGUCCGCUUGGUAUGAAAUUCGGCUGUGAUCCAGUACAUGAAGCUCCUAAUCUUUUACGCCUUGCGUAUAGAUUGGGUCUCAAUGUAAUGGGUUUUAGCUUCCAUGUUGGUUCUGGAUGUCAGGAUCCGCCAGUAUAUCAUCGCGCUAUUCAUCAUUGCAAAAUAUUAUUUGACAUGGCUACCAGUUUCGGUUUCAAGCCUUAUCUAUUGGAUCUUGGUGGCGGUUAUCCGGGCAAUAAAGGCACGAGCAUCGACAAAAUAGCUGAAGUUAUUAAUGAAGCUCUUGACGAAUAUUUUAAUACUGACGCCGUUCAUGUGAUUGCUGAACCAGGUCGUUUUUAUGUUGCGUCUGCAUAUACUUUGGCUACAAAUAUCCAUAGCAAGCGUUCUGUACGCGCUGAUGAAAAUUCUCCUACCACUGUUACGCAUAAUAUGUAUUACAUCAACGAUGGUGUUUACGGAUCGUUCAAUUGUCUGCUGUACGAUCAUCAGCACGUAAUUCCUAUCCCUCUGAAGACUGGUUGUGGAAAAGUGAUUCCUUCAAGCAUAUGGGGUCCGACGUGCGACGGAUUGGAUCAAGUUGUUGAGAAUGUUAUGUUGCAUGAUAUGGAACUUGGUGAUUGGAUAAUUUUCGAAAACAUGGGCGCUUAUACAUUACCCGUUGCUUCGCCGUUCAAUGGAUUUCCCAUUCCUAAGAUUCACGUUGUUGCUGACGAAGAUAUUUGGCUUUUAUUAAAAGAUGCUCUGCCCUUGACUGAAGACCAUUUUGUUAUUGGCAAUACACCGGGAAAUUUGCGACUCGGCUUGGACAUUGGAGGAAACGAUAUCGAUCCAUGGAAUGAUAGCGACUCAACUAUGGCAUUAACAACUCCUGAAAUAUUAGCAGAUGCUCCUAAUACUCCGCCACAUUUUAUCUAUGAUUAUGUCGAGGCUCCGCUAAAUUAAUCUUAUCAUAGAUAAGUAUUUUUCAAUUUAUAUAUGCAUUUCAAAGCAAACGAAUUUAAUACAUCAAUUUUACCAUUUUUUUUCUCUUUAAUUUGUAUAAAUGAUAAAGGUAUAAAAGUUAUUUUUAACAGCAAA